AAUUCACUCCCACGCUCCUCGGCCCUGCUUGCUUGUCAGCUGUUGAAAGUGCAUUUUGCAUCCAGGAUAAAAAACACAGAAGCCACAGGAGAACAUUGUGCAAUUUGUGAAACAUGAAUAACACGAUUAAAAUACCCGUCUACAUUCGUAGAUAUGACUUAUUUGAGGAACCAGAAGAGGAGCUUCUUGAAUUUGAGCUGGACCCCAAUAUGCCCUAUGCUGAGUUAAGGAGUGAGAUACAGUCUUAUUUUAAUAUCUCACCGGAAGAUCCAAAGGUCAUUAAAGUCAGGAACAAGGAUUAUGUUUUGGUUCCUCUAACUGAUAUGUUGACACAAUCUCGAGAUCACAGUCCUUACACAAUUGAUGUCAAUAAGAUUACCAGAGCAAAUGAAAGUAAAGUGAGCAUGCUACAUGAUGCAUACAUCGACGCGGUAAAGCAAAAACUGCAAUGCAUGGAGUCGCGAAUCUCGCAGGCAGAGGUCCUGCUACCACAACUACAGUGGAGCAGGCAAACUCACCUGGACCAGACAGUCAGCAAACUAAGCACGCGAGUCUCCUUCCUCAAUCGACGCGUUGAUGAGUUGAUGCCGCCGGAAUGGAAGAGCAAAAUGCCCGAGACGAUCUCAUAAAUCAGCAGGCAGCGUUCGAAACGUAAUUAAAUCUGCAUGCAUUACUUUUAAAUCUAUUUAUGAAAGCUGCGGAAGCUUUACAUCCUGACAGAUACCAGUCUUAAUGUCUAAACACAAUAUAAUUAAAUUAUUAAGAGAGUAUUUAUAACAAUAUGAUUGUUUUCUAUGUAAAUUCGGUUAUGUAGAUGCAUAUUCUGCGGUAUAUCAUACAUUUAUUCGUAUAUUUUCUCUUUUACAAUAAGUUUACAACAGAAAUAUAGUAUUCUCGAUCGUCAUCGUUUUUAUUUUUCUUGCAUAGAUGUAAUAUUUAUUAUUUUCUUUUAUUUGUUAUUCAUUAAGCUUUGGUUUGUAAAUAUCUUGUCAAGUCUUAAUUUGUUUUUGUCAUCUCGGCCAAUAUUUUGUGUUCGAUUAUAAAUUCACAAAGAUUAUUGCUAAUACAAUGUAAAAUACAAUAUGUAUACAUUUUAAAUCCAACAGUACAAAGUUUAAAACGCAAACGUAGAGAGCAGAUUAUCUCACAAAUGUUUACAGUUGAAACAACAAUCUUUGAAACCAAUAUUAGUUUUGUUCAAAUCAGUGUUAGAUUGCUGUAUCAUACUUGUACGAGUAGGAGUAUCAAUAAGAACACAUGUUGCAAUCAGUCGAAAAGUAUCAAGUAUCAAAAAACCUAGCAUAAUAGAUGAGUAACAAUUGUUAAACGCUCCUUCCAAUGUAGUUACUAGUAAUGAUGAUGCGAAGCAAAAAUAAACAUACAAUAUAUAAAAAAUAUUGGUAACAAAAUAAUAGUGUAUAAAAAAGGUAUAAAACUAUGUUAACAUUACUUAUAAAUCAGUAUCAAAUCUAUGCUUAUGUGAACCAAACAGAGAACAUAAAGAGAAACAAAUGA